AUGACAGCAGCCCCAGCAGUAACCACAGCUGCCUCAUCAGUAACAAUAGCUGCCCCUGCACUGCCCCAGCAGCAACCACAGUGGCCCCAGCACAGUAACCACAGCGGCCCCAUUAAUAACAACAGCAGCCCCAGCAGUAACAACAUCUGCCCCAGCAUCAACCACAGCGGCCCCAGCAGUAACCACAGCUGCCUCAUCAGUAACAAUAGCUGCCCCUGCAGUAACCACAGCUGCCACAGUAGUGACGACAGCUGCCUCUGCAGCAACCACAGUGGCCCCAGCAGUGAUGACAGCUGCCCCAUCAGUAACGACAGCUGCCCCAGAAGUAACCACAGCUGCCCCAGCAGUGACGACAGCUGCACCCGCAGUAACGACAGUGACCCCAGCAGUGACGACAGCUGCCCCAGCAGUAACCACAGCGGCCCCAUCAAUAACAAUAGCUGCCCCAGCAGUAUCAACAGCUGCCCCAUCAGUAACGACAGCGGCCCCAGCAGUAACAACAGCUGCCCCAGCAUCAACCACAGCGGACCCAGCAUCAACAACAGCUGCCCCAGCAGUAACCUCAGCUGCCCAAGCAUCAACAACAGCUGCCUCAGCAGUAACGACAACUGCCCCAGCAGUAACCACAGCGGCCCCAUUAAUAACAACAGCAGCCCCAGCAGUAACCACAGCUGCCUCAUCAGUAACAAUAGCUGCCCCUGCAGUAACCACAGCUGCCACAGUAGUGACGACAGCUGCCUCUGCAGCAACCACAACUGCCCCAGCAGUGACGACAGCUGCCCCAGCAGUAACGACAGCUGCCCCAGCAGUAACGACAGCUGCCCCAGCAUCAACCACAGCUGCCCCAUCAGUAACGACAGCUGCCCCAGCAGUAACCACAGCGGCCCCAUUAAUAACAACAGCGGCCCCAGCAGUAACAACAGCUGCCUCUGCAGCAACAACAGCUGCACCCGCAGUAACAUCAGCUGCCCCAGCAUCAACCACAGCGGCCCCAGCAGUAACAACAGCUGCACCCGCAGUAACAACAGCUUCCCCAGCAGUAUCAACAGCGGCCCCAGCAGUAACCACAGCUGCACCCGCAGUAACCACAGCUGCCCCAGCAGUAACCACAGCUGCCCCAGCAGUGACGACAGCUGCCCCAGCAGUAACAACAGCGGCACCAUCAGUAACGACAGCAGCCCCAGCAGCAACCACAGCUGCACCCGCUGUAGCAACAGCGGCCUCAGUAAGCUGCAGUACCACUGCCAGGGAUUCAAUGGCUAG